GACUCUGCUUCAGUGCUUAGGAGCUGAGAAAAAUGGCAAAUGUGGAUAAUGAGUCUAGGCAUCUUCUCACCUCUGAGGAAGAUCUUGAAGUAAAUCCUGGACCUUUGAAUAUCCAGUUCGAUCCAUCAGAUCUGAGAUCUAAAAGAUUGCCCCAGAUCAUGUAUUGCCAGCUCCAGAAGAGUGUUACGUGUACAGUCCACUGGGUUCUGCGUAUAAACUAAAAAGUUACACUGAAGGUUUUGGUAAAAACAGCAGUUUAGUAACCAUUUUUAUGAUUUGGAAUACCAUGAUGGGAACAUCUAUACUAAGUAUUCCUUGGGGCAUAAAACAGGCUGGAUUUACCACCGGACUGUGUGUCAUCGUGCUGAUGGGCCUUUUAACACUUUACUGCUGCUACAGAGUAGUGAAAUCACGGUCUAUGAUAUCAUCAUUGGAUACCACUACCUGGGAAUAUCCAGAUGUCUGCAGAUACUAUUUCGGCUCCUUUGGGCAGUGGUCCAGUCUUCUUUUCUCCUUGGUGUCUCUCAUUGGUGCAAUGAUAGUUUAUUGGGUGCUUAUGUCUAAUUUUCUUUUUAAUACUGGAGAGUUUAUUUUUAAUUUUAUUCAUCACAUUAAUGACACAGACUCUGUCCUGAGUACCAAUGAUAGCAACCCUGUGAUUUGUCCAAGUGCCAAGAAUGGUGGCCAUCCUGACAAUGGCUCUAUGAUCAUUUUCUAUGCCAACGACACGGGGGUCCAACAGUUUGAAAAGUGGUGGAAUAAGUCCAAGACAGUGCCCUUUUACCUCAUAGGGCUCCUCAUGCCGCUGCUGAAUUUCAAAUCACCUUCAUUUUUCUCAAAGUUUAAUAUCCUAGGCACAGUAUCUGUUCUUUAUUUGAUUUUCCUUGUCACCUUCAAGGCUGUUCGCUUGGGAUUCCAUCUGGAAUUUCAUUGGUUCACACCAACAGAUUUUUUUGUACCAGAGAUAAGAUUUCAGUUUCCACAGCUGACUGGAGUGCUUAGUCUUGCCUUCUUUAUUCAUAAUUGUAUUAUCACACUGUUAAAGAACAACAAGAACCAAGAAAACAAUGUGAGGGACCUGUCCAUUGCUUAUAUGUUGGUGACAUUAACUUAUCUCUAUAUUGGAAUCCUAGUUUUUGCUUCAUUUCCUUCACCACCAUUAUCCAAAGAUUGCAUUGAGCAGAAUUUUUUAGACAACUUCCCUAGCAGUGACAUCCUGUCCUUCAUUGCAAGGAUCUUCCUGCUGUUCCAGAUGAUGACUGUGUAUCCACUCCUAGGCUACUUGGCUCGUGUCCAGCUAUUGGGCCAUAUCUUCGGUGACAUUUAUCCUAGCAUUUUCCAUGUGUUGGUUCUUAAUCUAAUUAUUGUGGGAGCUGGAGUGAUCAUGGCCUGCUUCUACCCAAACAUAGGAGGAAUCAUAAGAUACUCAGGAGCAGCAUGCGGCCUGGCCUUUGUAUUCAUAUAUCCAUCUCUCAUCUAUAUCAUUUCCCUCUACCAAGAAGAGCGUCUGACGUGGCCUAAGUUAAUCUUUCACACAAUCAUCAUCAUUCUGGGCCUGGCUAACCUGACUGUUCAGUUUUUUAUGUAAAAUUUUCAACUGUUUUUUCAAGAUCUUUCCUGGUAUUUGAACUUUGACAACAGUUCUACAUAAAUUCACUUGUAAAUGCUGUUGUUGCUGUAAUUCUAAAUGUUUACCUACGAUCAUUGGAAAACAAGGGGAAUAGUGAUCCAUUGAUCCACAUUUUGAUUAAGUUAAGGAAAGGCGCAAUAAGAAUGAACUCAGUCUCUUCACCUUUCUCACGUUCACUUAUUUGUUCAUUCUCUUUUUAUUUUUCUGAAUAGAAAUGUGGGUCCUAGGAAAAAAUAUGCUAGCUUAUGCUUUUGGAGAUUUAAGGUGGUUGGGUUUAUUUUGGCUACAAUAAAGAUUCUCAGGGUAUCACAGCACCAUAUUGCCAGAUCCUGUGUCUGUUUGAUGUUCUAUUGUAUUGACUU